AUGGUUGCCGAAACCGCCGCCGAUGAAACGCAGCCCCUGCUCGCCAACGCGUCGACAGGCGCGACUCCUGGUCGCUCGAAGUCCAAGAAACUCAUGAUCUUGCUAAUGUGCUCUAUCUUCGUGCUGGCUGUGGAUUUCGGCAAUGACAUUGGCCUCGCCCCAGAGACUGCGAUCUUCGAGCAGAUCAUCUGUCGCAACCAGGGACUUCUAUCGAGUGGCGGAGAAUCUCCGCCGACCGCUACUCUACCCGUUGACGGUAGCGAUCCAUGCAAAUCGGAAGCCGUGCAGGGUGAACUGGCGCUGGUCCUCGGGUACAAGAGUAUGUUUGAGGUGCUCCCGAGUAUCUUUUUGUCCUUGCCAUACGGUGUGCUAUCGGAUCAUUGGGGCCGCAAGCCCGUCAUCUACUUGGGCAUUACGGGAUUGCUGCUGGGGGAGCUAUGGGUCCGUCUAGUAGCGCUAUUUUCGAAUGUGUUACCCUUGCGACUUGUCUGGAUGACCGGAUUGUUCAGGAUCAUUGGGGGUGGAGACCAGGCACUCGUUUCGAUUGCAUUGGUGAUGGUUGCGGACAUCUUCUCUGAAGAAGAACGAUCCACGGCGCUCUUCGGGCUUCAAUCAUGUGUUAUUUUGGCCGAAGUUCUGGGUACUCCUAUCAGCGCGUGGCUGAUGCAAUAUGGCAACUGGCUCCCAUACAUUCUAGGCACAAUCGUCAUUAUUGCAGGGUGCACCCCGGUCUUGUUUCUCCCAGAGACUCUGGAAGAAGCCAAGGCUAACAAGGCACAAUACCGCCGUGAAGCUGGUCAAGAAGCCUCGGAACCCCCCAGACGCUCCAAUGGGCAGGUUGAGCCAGCUGGCAAACAAUCAGCGCUGCAAGAAAUUAUUUUCCGGGCUCGCGAAUUCAAAGACUCAACGCAAUUUAUUUGGCGGAACUACAAUGUCUGCGUAGUAAUCUUUUGCUUGUUGGUCUCAGUCAUCAGUCGGCAGUCUUCCGCUAUUCUCCUUCAGUUUGCAUCGAAGAAAUUCAAUUGGAGCAUCGCCAAGGCCAGCCUUUUGAUCUCCCUACGUGGGAUAUUCAAUCUCGCAAAUUAUCUCGUCAUCAUACCGGCAUUGACCUUUGUCGCUGCCAAGUAUCUCAAACUUCAUGGAAAACGUCGCGACUAUCGCCUGAGCCAGGGAAGCGGAUUGGUCUCGAUUAUCGGCUUCCUUACCAUUGGCCUCGCCCCGGUCCCAGCUCUGCUGAUAUGCGGCUUGGUGAUUCUUUCCACAGGAUCUGCGUUCCUCGUCACUGCGCGCAGUCUGGCGACUGCUUUUGUGCCUCCAGAUCAAGUCGGCACGCUCUACUCGGCUAUAGCGAUCUCUCAAUCCCUCGGUAUUCUAAUAUCUGGCCCAUUGUUUGCCUAUCUUUUCCGAAUCGGCUUACAUUUCGGCGGUGUUUGGAUGGGACUGCCCUUCUUGCAGGCUGGUCUCCUCUAUGUGAUCGCCACGAUUGCCAUCUGGUGCAUUCAAGUUCCUCGAGACGCGCAAGACGAAAAUGAGGAAGAAGAGCCUUUGAUAUCAUGA